AUGCAUCAUCCACACCGCCGGAUAAUCGAAGUGCUAGUGUAUGGUUAGGCUCUGCCUGCACCAUGGUGACUAUACGUAACUAGAUGGUGUUCACCAUACAAAAUACGUAACUAGAAGCUGAUCACUAUACAAAACUAAUAGGAUUUUGCCCCAAAUUAUGAUGCUAAAAUCUGUGAAGCCACGUCUAGGGUAACUUGGACCAGGACAAAACUAGAGUCUUCAGCCGCUGUAUGAAGCGCGAGAUGCUGUGCGACCAAGUAAAAUUUGUCUUCAUCUGAAACUCGAAAGGCAUUUCUACGUGAUGAUUGCUACAGAAAACUAGGAGGUCCUUUCAUCAGAGAUGAUUCCUACAGACAACUAGGAGGUCAUUUCAUCCAAGAUGUUUCCUACAGACAACUAGGAGGUCCUUUUAUCCAAGAUGAUUCCUACAGAAAACUAAGAGGUCCUUUCAUCAUGAUGAUUCCUACUGAAAACCAAAAGGUCUUUUUAUCCAGGACGAUUCCUGCAGAAAACUAGUAUCGCCCUAGCGAUGAUGCCCUCAAUCACCUACAGCUGGAUCGGGCAGUGUGCUGCUGCGCCCUUGGUGUUGCUGGGGAGUGCGUGGGUGCUGGGGGUGUUCCACUCCUACAGACGCCAUUGGGUCUCAGUGGACCUCUUCCUUGUGGCCAUCACCUCCCAGGAGCUGGUGAUGGCCCUGCAGGUUUUCGCUUACGCACUACUGAGUUUGCUCCAGCCAGAACUAGAUGGCGUUUGUGGCGCACUAGUGUGGAGUCUUAACGCCACUCGUAGCCUGCAGUUUGCCACUGUGGCGUCACUACUGGCUGAUCGAGCCCUGACUUGCCACUGGCCAUACCGGUACAGGUUCAGCGUCCGCAGGCAUCAGCUACGUUACCAUUUAGGGGUCUUGGCCGCCAUGGCAUCACUUCUUGGUGUUGCCGCCCUCAUGGCAAGACCUCAGGACCCCUCAUAUUUCCCUCACUGCGCCACAUUACCUCAUGUGCUGCAUAUACGCCUGGCACUGUUCAUGUUGGCUGUUUACGGAGUGUUCCUGUUAGGCGGUGUUCUCAGCAUCGCCGUGGUACAGACCAGCAGGGGAUGCUGCUCAUCUGAUGUGGACUUAAUGGACUUGGGAGCUACAGGGGCCACGAACACGACUUCUUCCACGUCUUCCACCAAAAGACCUUUGCCACCCUCAUCCACCAACACCGUCAGCAGCCACGGCAGUAAAGUGCUACCCUCUAGAGCCUCUUCCACCUCAUCCAUGGGCCCCGGUGGUGGAAGGGGGAUGAGGACUGCUUCAUCCACCACAGACUUGCUUCCAGCUCCAGCAGCUACUAGACCUGGAGUGCUGAGGACUUCCAGCUGUGCUCCAGCUGGUGGCAGUGACUUCAGAUGGCGCACCACCAUCUGCGUGGUGCUGCUCGCUUGUCUCAUCAACCACCUGCCGUAUCUCACCCUAGUGGCGCUAGGGACGUUCACCCCCCGCCUGCUGCCCCCCCUGCCCUACGAGCACCUGCUGCUGUGGCUGAGUGCUGCUGAGGGGCUGCUGCUGCCGCUGCUGCUGCUGCUCAGUGACGUCACCUUCAGGGGGGCGGCUACUGCUGCCUGCUGCAGGGGCGCCCGCCCCCCACCGCCCCCCGAGGGGCGUGACUUUAAAGAUGGGGAGGCGCCAUUCCGGCUCUUCCCCAGAGACGAGGCUAAGCUCUUCCCCCUGACCAACGGCUCCCUCUUCUCUUCCCUCCUCUCUCUCCCCAGCGACGCUCCUCACCCUCCUCCCCUCUUCAAUCCCCGAACAUACCGCAAAGGAGCGAGUGACACCGUGCGGACGGAGGAUCCCAGUCCGCGGUUUAGAGACCUCCGCCUUUUAGGGAGCAGCGCGUCGUCGGGUAGGGAGCACGUGCCGUACAACGCUCCCUACUACUGCAGGGACCUCAACAACUCCCUAACGUCCCUCAAUAACAACAGGGACCAACUCUACUCCCACCCCAACAACAACACCUCGACGAUCGACAGCUCGGUCAAAGAAGACCACAUUUACGCCACUCUGUCCGAGACGUUCGGUUCGACGUCGUCUUUCAGUGACGGGUUCCUGAACGACGAAGCCCGUUGCCCGUCCGUGACGACGGUCGCAAAUGACGAUUUUGAGUUCCACGACCCAAGAACCUCAGGUUCUAGCAUCGACUUCUACCAAAUGCAAGCUAGGAACCCUUGUCUGCGUCAACAGAGCUACAGUUCUUCGUCGUUCUCAAGCUCUAGCGAGGUUCUCAGUUGCGGAUCACGUGCCAAAGAUGACGACACUUUGGUUCUUUGUCGUCCACGAAAACCACCAAGAAGUCUUGUUCGAAGACCUCCAGCAGAGUUACCCCCGGAGGCUCUCGGUUCUCGAGUUUUGCCUAAUAAUUAUAAAUCACCUCCACGAAUUCCUCCUAGAAAUCACGGAGCAGAUGUUAUCUUGGAAAUGAACCAACAGAAUAUCACGUAUUCUGCCAAGAAGCCUCCGAUGCUCAGGCAGUGUUCUCGGCCUCAUGCAGGGUUCGACAACUUGGCUUUUGAUAGCGAUACUCUUGAGAAAAAAUACAGCAUGCAGCGGAACACAGAGAAAAAAUACUACCCAACUAAUUCUCUUCAUAGUACAGACUUGCAGGCAGGGAAACCUAGACUGAAAAACCGUUUCCUUGAGGAAGAUAAUCAUGAAGGGACUCUUUCGAGGAAGCAUCGCGUUUCUUCGCUGUCCAUGAGCGACCUCGACAGGUUAGACCACAAGAAUAGUGAAGAAGGGGAAGAACAAAUGAUGUUCCUCCUGCCAGUCAAAAGCGAAUCCAUGCUCAGUCUUUAUAGACUUUAUUUGGCCGAAGAUGAUGAGUCGUCAGGUCUACGCUACACCAUCGAGGUUUCGAGGUCGGAAAACGACUUAUCGUCCUCCGCUGGCGAUGACCGAAACAGAGCAGAUUACGGCCGAUUUUUUGACGAUUUGUCCACUUCGCCCCACGAAAUCUACCAAAAACGACGUCGUCCCCAAUCAUCUGCCAGUAAAAUUCGCCGUCAACACAAAAUUCAACGCGCCAAAGGAGUUCAAAUGAAGAACAAGCCUCCCGCUUCUCCGACCCGAGCAUCGGAUCUCGAGUUUUACAAAGAAAAUAGGAGGAAUUCUUCGCCAAACAUCGGGGUUUCUUUUGGGGAUCAAGCCCCGGACGGAGGGGUUCGAGUGGCGAUAGUGGAUAAAACCCGACGUCAGAACGGCAUCAUCACUAUCAGGGACCCGUCGGGUCUAUCCGUCCAGGAUCUGCUGGGCGUUCUCAACCGGGCGGCAGCUACUUCUUCUGGUACUUUGCAACCGAAACCCGUUAGCGUUCCUGCUCCGACCAACAAACGCCCAAAAACUAUAGGCGUUUCCGCUUUGCCUAAUCCUGCAAAAAACGAGCCCCAAAUUUACAACAUUUCUUCUUCGUUGGGUUCUACGGAACCCCAACCUUUAGGCAUUUUGAACCCAGCAACUCCUUCGCAGGGGUCCGCGCAAAAUGAGUUGGAGGGUCAGAACCAAUUUUUGUUGUCGACUCCACGACGUAACUUUCUCCCCACCUACAGUUUCGGAUCAGAGACCCAAAUCUCCUCCGAGAACAAUCUCGCCUCGAGUAACAAUCUUCCCUUGAGGAAUUAUCUCCUCUCGAGCAGCAAUCCUUCCUCUAGUAACAAUCUUCCUUCGGGCAGCAAUCCUUCCUCUAGUAACAAUCUCCCUUCGGACAGCAAUCUUCCUUCAGGCAACAAUCCCUCCUCGGUGUACGAAACAGCAAUCAGGAUUCCUUGCGUUAACGUAAAAAACCCUAACUUUAUUUCACAAACAAACACUGCGCCGGAAUUCAGGAAAAUAUUCCUUAGUGAAUAUCUGUGAACACGAGUUUCAUUAUUCAAUAUGUGUUGAAUAAUGUUCAGUUGGCUCACUGUUGGAAGUGAUCAGAAAAAUUGAGUGACACCAUUGAGUAACUGUUGAAUUAAUUCGGUAAUUUCCCUAUUAAUGCAGGUAUACUGUAGCAGAUAUUAUAUUCGUGUAGCUUAGAUUACAUACGCAACGAUGACGCAUUUUGUAUGCGUUUUAAUGGUUUUGAAAUCAUUAGAUUGUACUUCCUGUACAUUCUUCGUACUAUUCACAUUGAUGGCAACCUUGAAACAAUGUCAAAGCGUCCAAUAUAUAACCUGAUUAAAAGUUGUUAAGAAAUUAGAUUAGCGUUAGAAAUUACAAUUCUAACUUCGUAUAACUUUAUAUUGUACGUAUUUUUUAAGUUAAAUUUGUACGUUAUUAUUCUACGUUACCAAUUUGACCGAGAGGUUACGUACUGAUUGUUAAAUUGUACGUAAAAAUCCACGCUAUUUAUGCUUAGAAUAAUUUAAUAUUCGAAUUAAAUUAUUGUGUAGUCUGCAUGUAUUUUGUAUGUAUAAUAAUAUACAGGCGUUCUACUAGAACUAGUUCAGUGCAUCAGCGCCUAGUGAAGAUUCUAGUUAAUACUAGUACUAGUUGAUGGGACCUAGCAGUCGUGCAGGAUAUUUCAGUGCCUCACGACACCUCAGUGCCUCACGACACCUCAGUGCCUCACGACACCUCAGUGCCUCACGACACCUCACCAUGUAUUUUUCUAGCACAUUCAGAAACAAUACAGAAGCACACAUGUGUACAAUACAGAAGUAUUCAUGUGUACUCUGUACAAUAUUUAUACAGGGCGCAUGUGAGCUACUUUGUACGUACGUAAGCGUUAUACAUCUUCCAUAUUUUCAUAUAAAUGUUCUAAUUAAGUACAAAAGCUUUUGUACAUGGCAGAACGAUAGUUAUUUUUUCGUCAUUUUUGCCUAUUGUGUUGUAUUAUCUAUUAUAGAUUUAUUGCAUGUCAUAUAGUUUAUAAAUUUCAGUGUAAAACAUUUAUCGUUUGAAUCUACCAUAUUUCGAAUAAGUAUAUCUGUAAAUAUGCAAUAUAUAGUAUAGAUUAAUUUUGCAUGGCAGUUCCAUGCAUCUUAUUCAUAUAUGACGUCAUCAUGGCGCUGGGUAUGAAACAUAGAUAAUAUUAUAAAUGUUGACUUUUAUAUAUAUAUUGAAAUCUUGGUCUGUCGACGUUCACAAUAAUCCUGAAAUAUAAUAAUCCUAAUCACGCUUUAUAAUAUGCACAUAUGAAUAUAGUGAGAAAAAAAUGAACACUAUACAAAUAAUAAUAAUUAAGAGAUGUUGAACCCUGGCAAAAUACCGGAAUGUUUAAUGUAUCUAUUGCUAAAUUAUUCGUGGAAUUCUUAGAUUUGUUAUUUUUUAAAUGUCUAAUUAGUAAUAAAUGUAUUAGUAAAUACAAAGUAAUUUAUUCAGGACUCCUGACGGCGUAUGUGCUGCAUGCAGCCUAUAGGUACUAAAUACUCAUAUAAUGUACACACACAUAAAUAUACAUCAUAUAUAAAUAUACAUGUUGCGUGACCACAGCAUUAACAUUCUCAUGACUCGUACAUCUCUACGUAUGUAAUGUACCCUAAACACGUACAUACUCUAUAUAUAUCCUCUUUCAGGAUUGCUUAAUAUCCUUUUUCAGGUAAGAAUAACUUUAUGAAUUAAAAAUUGAAAGUUU